UCUGCAACAAAUAUGGGGACCUCCACAGAGCGAUCAUGCUUGAAGUAUUUAUUUCAUCUUGCCCAGGAUCAUCUGGACUUCAGGUUACCGGAGAUAAAGGCUCUGCUGGCUCUCAGAGGAAAACCUUUCUGUCCUGGAGAGAACUUCAAAGAAAAGUCUCCUUUCUGGUGUCUGAAUGGUUUGUCUGAGGAGGAUGUCCGUGGCAUCAUGGCCAGAUCUGUUUGUGCAAAGUCUGCUUUUGAACUAUGGGGCCGUGGAAAAACACACAACGAGCUCAAAACAUCCCUCUUGAACUACCCGUCAGAGAAAAUGUCAGCGUUCAUGCACAAAGACUCGACCUACAGAAUCAAUGUGUACACCUUCAAUAAAACUCUGGAGUUUCCAGACAGAAUCAAAAAAAUUGAUGCUAUGGACUAUCUUCCAUUUGGGGGCACAGUGAGUCUUAAGAGCCCUCAGCACAUCUUCUGUUUGCUGGAAGACUACGGCACUGACCCUAACAACAUCCCAGAACAUCCAAAUUACAUCUAUUUUGGCCGAUGGGUGGCAGAUGGACAGCGUGAACUGAUUCGUUCCUACAGUGUGAAGAACAGACACUUCAUAGGAAACACCAGUAUGGAUGCAGGCCUCUCAUUCAUCAUGACCAACCAGGCUAAAGUCAAAGAGAACGACCUUGUCUUUGACCCAUUUGUCGGCACCGGGAGCCUGUUGGUAGCGUGUUCUCAUUUUGGAGCCUAUGUCUGCGGAACAGAUAUUGAUUACAACACUAUCCACGGCAAAGGUAGGUCAAGCCGUAAAAACCAUAAGUGGCGAGGACCGGAUGAGAACAUCAGAGCCAACCUACGGCAGUAUGGAACAGAGAAGACGUACUUGGAUGUGAUGGUGUCUGAUGCAUCCAAGGCCGUGUGGAGGAAUGCUGCUCUGUUUGAUGCUAUCAUCACUGAUCCCCCAUAUGGCAUUCGUGAGUCCACAAGGAGAACAGGCUCCCACAAAGACAAUAAUAAACCACCUGACGGCGUCUACGCAGAUUCUCACGUCCCAGUCUCACAGUCGUACCACCUUAGCGACAUCUUCACAGACCUGCUGAACUUCUCUGCCCACCACCUGGUUAUAGGCGGCAGGCUGGUCUACUGGCUGCCCAUCUACAGACCAGAGUACUGUGAGGAGAUGAUUCCCCUUCAUCCAUGUCUCCGGCUCAUCAGCAACUGUGAGCAGACUCUCUCCAGCCACACGUCACGACGCCUGAUCACCAUGGAGAAGAUCAAGGAGCCAGAGGAAUCGGACAGCCUGUCUCAUCUCGCAGACUCAAGCUUCAGCCCCUACCAGGGACACAACGCCUUUAGAGAGAAGUAUUUCAGCGGACAAAACAAGAAGCUCAGCAAGGACAACAAAUCUGAUGUUAAUGGAGAGUGAAUGAAUCAAUGUCUUAAGAUGAGGGAUGUUUAUGGAAAGCCUCAAUAAAAUAGAGCAAAUAUAUGACUGGACAGAUCAUGUCCAGGCAUGAUUAUCAGUGGACUCAAAAGAAACUGAUUAUUUUAUAGUUAAAAUUUUUAAAUCUUAAACACUAUUUUAAGUGUUAUUUUUUAUGUUUGUUGCUCUUGUUUUACAAAUAAAUGGAUGAGAUGCAAGUGCUUUGUCCUGAGUGGUUACUGUUAAAACUGUCCUGUCAGAGGAUUGACUACC